AGAGACUCCACGCUGUGCCCAUCUGUGCCCCAUGCAUGCUGCAUGCUUCAACAACUCCGGACUUGAGUUGAGGACUGCCUUCGAAGUUUGCAGAGGCUGGAGUCUCCAAACAUUCCAAACCGCUCUUGAGCUUGCAUCCGGCAUCAUCCGGCCUGCAUGCGUGAGAUAAGAGGAUAAAGGAGACAGCAUGAGACAGCGGCAGAUUCGGCAGCAAGCGUUUCCAACAUUUGACAUGCCCCUCCAGAGUUUGCUUGCCCGAUCGGAUGCAUGUUGGUGCAUCUUUGGACAAAGCUGGCCUUCGAGAUGGAAAGACGUCCGAUACAAACUUCUUGGUUGAUUCCAGCCCAUGAUGAUCCAUGAUAUUCCAUGAUUAUUCCAUGAUGUUAACUUAACCUUUGAAGAACUGUGAAGGGUCUUUGUGCAAAAUGGUCGUGCCGCAGAGGCAGAAAGCAGUCCGGGGCAGAGAAAACAAGGAUGUUGCAGCUGAUGCAGUACUUUCUGGGUAUGAGAUGAGAAACCAGGCACCAGCAGAGCAAGACGGGUCCGGAAGAAUAGCCAAAAUCUUCAUUUGCACGGUCCUGGGCGCUUCUGCUGCUUGGUUCUGCCGCCAGAACUGGGGCCACGUGGAGUCGGCGAUGGCUGACAUCCAAGCAGGGGUGCGCUACAGCGCUGUUCCCUGUGAUGGAGAAAACCUGUUGACAGUGGAGCCAGAGGAAUCUGCUCGACCUGCACCUCUGAGAGGAGGUGAUCAGGAGCAGGUUAGUUGGCUGCACCUAUGCAUUGCCAGGCUCCAAGGCAUGGUGCAGAGGUGGUCUCCAUCAAGGUAUCCUAUUGACGAAGGCAGUGAGAAGGAUGACCCCCGAACACCAGAAGAGAAGCAAGGUUUGUUAGGGCCUUGGGAAGACGAAGAGGAGGGUCAGUCAGACGUGUCAACUGUUCAAACUUCGCCGCUGUUUCACGGUGAUGAGGACUCUAUGGCAGCAAUCAUGAAACUGCGGCCUUCCGUGAACGACUCCGUUGGUGAUGAAGAAGAGGUGGAUUCUGCUAGGCCAAUCAUCGGCAGUGAGCGGGAAGAACUGCUCUCACGCUGAGAAAGCACUGAGCAAAA